ACUACGCAAGGGUUUAGGCUAUCGCCCUUCCCAACCGGAGACCACGGCCUCUGACCACUGCCAUGGAUCCGGCGAAGGCGGCGGAGAACACCAUUCUCGAACACCUCCAGAGCCAUGAUGAGAUUCCUGAUUCGCAGAAGUUCGCCGCCUCCUCCGGCUUCGAUCAUGGCGUUGUGGAGAACGUCAUCAAGAGCCUCUGCGGCUCCAGAACCAUAGAAGCCAAUGAGAUCAAGGAGGAAAGGUGGGCGCUCACGGAUGAGGGCAAGUCUUAUGUUGAUUCUGGAUCGCCUGAGGUGCAAUUCUUUCGGGCUUUGCCCUCUGAGGGUGAAAUCCUCAUGAAGGACCUCGAGAAAAAAUUAGAUCCAACUGUGUAUAAGGUGGGGCCAUCUGCGGCAAUUGUGAACAAAUGGGUUACCAUGAGGAAGGAGAAGAGGGAAGUCCCUGGGAGUACGAAGCCGGAAACCAUUGUAUAUGUUUCUCGAAAGAUUAAUGGUGUGGAAGAUAAGGUCAAAGAUUUGCUCCAAAAAAUUGAAGCUGGCGAGGCUGUUGAUGAGAAGGAUGUUGAUGCUCUGAAAAGGAGAAAGCUUGUUAUUCUACAGACUUGGAGGGGUUACUCAAUAAGAAAAGGUCCCGAGUAUGUACUUGUUAGAGAAAAAACUGCAACUGAUUUAACGCGAGAGCAUAUACAAAGAGGUGAUUGGAAACAGUUAAAAUUUAAAGAGUAUAAUCUGAGUGCUCAAGUUCAGCCAAUCCAAAUUGGUUAUGUUCAACCUUUGCUGGAGGUGAAAGAGGAAAUCCAAAAUAUCUUCCUUCAGAUGGGUUUUGAGGAGAUGCCAACAAACAAUUAUGUUGAAAGCAGCUUUUGGAAUUUUGAUGCCUUGUUCCAGCCACAACAACAUCCUGCCCGUGAUUCGCAUGACACAUUCUUUCUCAAAGUUCCUUCUACCACAAAACAACUUCCAGAAGAUUAUCUGGAGAGGGUAAAGCAAGUUCAUCAAUCUGGUGGUUACGGAUCCAAAGGUUAUGAAUAUGAUUGGAAACGGGAGGAAGCUGAGAAAAAUCUACUUCGAACUCACACUACUGCAGUUUCUACAAGAAUGCUUUACAAGCUUGCUCAACAGAAAUCUUUUGUUCCAAAGAGGUACUUCUCAAUCGACCGGGUUUUUCGUAAUGAAGCUGUAGACCGAACUCAUCUUGCUGAGUUCCAUCAGAUUGAAGGUCUUAUAUGUGAUCGGGGACUUAGCCUAGGUGAUUUGCUUGGAGUCCUGGAGGACUUCUUUUCCCGCCUUGGGAUGACAAAACUACGGUUCAAACCUGCUUAUAAUCCAUAUACUGAACCUAGCAUGGAAAUUUUCAGUUAUCAUGAUGGCUUAAAGAAAUGGGUGGAGGUUGGAAACUCCGGCAUGUUUAGACCUGAAAUGUUGUUGCCGAUGGGUCUCCCAGAAGAUGUCAAUGUUAUUGCAUGGGGUCUUUCCCUUGAAAGGCCAACUAUGAUUCUCUACGGAAUUGACAACAUUCGAGAUCUCUUCGGACACAAGGUUGACUUUGAUGUUAUAAAGAACAACCCACUUUGCCGUCUGGGAUUGCAGUAAUAUUCGCCCACCAAAUUGAAAGAUACAACAUUUUCGCACUCCAGUCAAAAUUGUUGCUACUGUUCUUCCUCUUUUAUACUUUCCAGCCGAAUUUUGCAGAAUGCUGAUUCAAGAUUUCCAUACAUUGAAAGUAAGAGCUUGUUUGUGUACCUCAUUAAUUUAGAGAUGGCAUUUCCGGAGAUAUGUUAGUCGGAAUUAUUCACUCAAGAUAUCCAUACGUUGAAACUAUGAGCUUGUUUGUGACCUUAUUAAUUUAGAGAUGGCAUGUCCUUAUUUAGAGCUUCCUUCCGUA